UAUCGUUAACACAUAGACAAAUUUAUGUCAUUUAACACAGUGGCCCCCUUUCCGGCCCACCCCGUGGCGGCGCCCCUGGAUCUCGCGCGCAGACGGGCGGAAGGAGGAUAAACCCAGGUUCGGAUCCGCGGUCGGUGUCAGUCCGUGGGGACAGAGAGGAGGGGCGGAGCGCGAGCCCAGGAGCUCUGCGUCGACACCGGGAGUUCACACACGAAGGUUUGCUGGGGUUGUGAAGUUUUCACGCGACAAGCAACAACCCACGCGCGCGGUGAUUUUCCUCCCGACCCGAUGAGAAGCCCGGCGCGCGCUCUCGGCCAGGCACGGAGGACACUGACCAACCCGCGCAGGUGUCAUUAGCUGGUUCUAAGGAUGUUUUUGUUAUAUCACCACGUGUGGAGGUAGUCCUACAUCAUCUGUGUAUUAUUCCUCCGAACCUGGGAGUGGCGAUGGUCCACUGGACCACAGUGUGGGGGACAUGCAUCCGGCUUCAGACUCUGCUGGCCUUCGCCUUGGCCAUCUGUCCCUCACAGACCCCCAGCCCUGUCAACUUCUCUGUCGUUUACACCAUGCCCUUCUUUCAGGCACAGGGACCCAUUCAGAACAUCGUGAACAACUCAAUUUACCAGGAAGUCUACGUGGCCUCACAGAAUGUCAUUGAAGCUGUCAACAGGAGUCUGGAAAAGGCCUGGGAGCUCCGCACUGGGCCGGUUGGAAGCCCAGAGUGUCGCAUAUGCAACUUAUGCGAUAUCGAUAAGGAUUACAACUUUCUGGAGGACACGGACAAUCAAGUGUUGGUGCUGGACACUCCUUUUAUGUAUUUAUAUUCCUGUGGAAGCUCUCAGUAUGGUGUUUGCUAUUUUCACGUGCUGAACUCAAACGGAGAACUACCUUCUCGCUCUAAGUGUUUGUUUAGGAAGAGUGCAAACUCUGCUGCUUAUUGUCCAGACUGUGUGGCGAGCCCUCUGGGUACCAAAAUGUCUAUGGUGGAGGAGGGUCAGGCAGUCUACUUUUUUGUUGCUGCCUCCAUCAAUGAUAGCGUUACCCAACGUUAUGGAAGGAAGUCGAUAUCAGUCCGCAGACCACUGGCCACAGAGGAUGGUUUCUAUAGUGAUGUGCGAGGCCUUACUGUCCUGCCCACCCUCCGGAGGACUUACCACAUUGACUAUGUCUAUAGCUUCUUCACGCAGGAGUUUGUCUACUUCCUCUCAGUCCAAAGAGAGAGCCCAGAUCAGGAGUCAUCUCCAUUUCAGACUCGUCUGGGACGUCUGCCAAGGAGCGAGUGGGAGGUGAAGAGGUAUCGCGAACUGAUCCUGGAGUGUCGCUUUGAGCCUAAGCGCAGGAGGAGGAACGUUCGCGAGCCCUACAAGGAUGUUGUGUACAACGUGGUCCAGGCGGCCUACUUCGGCAAGGCUGGCAGGGAGCUGGCAGAGGAACUGGGGGCGGAGGAGGAGGACGACAUCCUCUAUGGGGUGUUUGCUGUGACUGAUGACAAUGGAGUCACGGAAAAUGACUCGGCUCUGUGCGCCUUUCCUAUGGACAGUGUGAACAAGGCGAUCGUUGACGGCGUUGAUGAUUGCUGUCAGUCUGGACCAGAACAACUCUCCAGAGGCCUUUGCCACUUCCAGCCAUGUGAAAGCUGUCCACACGAGAGUAUGGAGAACAACGCCACGUGCAACGACCAUCCCACCAUGGUGUCAAAGCCGUACUACAGAGUGGACCUCUUCAACAGGAAGAUGACCAACGUCCUGCUCACCUCUCUCCUGGUGACGACCAUAGAGAACAAAACCGUCGCUCACAUUGGCACCUCAACUGGACGUCUGCUUCAGCUUGUGUUGACAAGAUCCAGCCCGGACAUCUUUGCCAACUACUCCUUGGUCGAGAAUCAGAGGGUCUCUUCUAUUGCUGCUGUUUACUCCUCGGAGUAUCUGCUAUUUGUAGUUGGAGACAAGAUGAUCCAGGUGCCCCAGAGGGGGCCCGGCUGCCAGCACUUCAUGACCUGCGUCACGUGCCUGACGGCCCCGAAGUUCAUGGGCUGCGGCUGGUGCUCUGGCGUGUGUUCGUGGAAGAGUGAGUGCCACAGCCGCUGGAGGAACGAAUCCUGUCCGCCCGGGAUCAGCGGGUUUUUUCCAAGGACCGCUCCCCCUGAUGGACAAACAGAGCUGACGGUGUGCGGAUGGGAGUUUCAGUCGCCGCUUCGACCUGCUAUCACCUCCAAGACCCACCAGGUCCGACUGGGACAGACCGCCUGCACUGUGAUUCCUCUCAAAAGCAACAGCACGCAUUUAGUAUGUAAGAUUCGCUCUGGGACCUCUGAGCUGUUCAAGCCGGUCAACAUCACAGUGGACGUGCAUGAGGGCAGGGUGGAGGGCCGCUACUCUAUUGAUGGCAGGGCCGAAGUACCAGGGUUCACGUUUGUGGUUCCAAACAUCACAGAAAUCCAGCCCAACUACGGACCGCGUGUCGGAGGAACACUCAUCACGAUCACCGGGUUCCACUUAGAUGCUGGAAAAAACAGAAGAGUCACUCUGAAUGAAGUACCCUGCCAUAUGAGAAGGUCCAAAUCAGUAGCCAAUGUUUCGUCCAUCAUCUGCUUGUCCCAGGCCAUCUCGGAGGUGAGGGAUGUCCCGCUGAGCGUUUUCAUCGACAAAUCUCCAGUCCACACCACAAAGGUGUUUUACUACAAGGAAACUCCAAAGAUUACGGCUGUGCUGCCCGACUGCAGCUUUCACAGAGGUUCAAAGAUCGUGAUCGAAGGGGAGAACCUCGACUCGGUUUACCGCACCGUAAUCCGCUUUAAGCCCAACGAGAGCCACCUCAGAGCAGUAACAACGGAGUGCACUGGGAAGUCCCUGCCCACUCGGAUGGAGUGCGUCACUCCGGCGUUCCAGAGGGAUGAGAGCGAGGAGGGCCUGCUAUCGUUUGACAUGGACGGCGCCCUGGGCCUUUGGAACAAAGAGUUCUCCUAUCACCCCUACGGAGAACCCAUUCCUUUUGAAACAGAGGGACAUGUGCUCAGUUUGUAUCCUGGGUUUGACGAAGUGUCCCUUCAUCAUAAGAAACUCAACUUGGUGAGCUCCUGCAUGACCAUCGUCAUGACGGUGGCAGAUGUCGACUGCGAUGCCAAAGUCCUGGAUAAUGAGAUAACCUGCAGGAUCCCUAAAAACAUCACCAUUCCCAGCGACGGACUUCCAGUGAAGAUCUCCAUCAACGGCCAAGUUCAUAAUGUUGGCACGGUGGUGAGGGUGAACAAUCACUACAUGGUGGGAGUCGUUCUGGGAAUCCUGGCGGCUCUGGUGGCCGGAGCCGUCCUGGCCUUCGUUGUGAUGAAACAUUUGAGAAAGAAAAAGAAAGCCUCAAUGAUAGAAGCCCGUUUGUCCCACUCUGCUACUCGCACCGUGACCAACACUGUGGAACUGUCUCCCACGGGAGACUACAGGAGAGUCGUUUCCCUGAGCCCCCCCACCCCUCUGAUUGGGCCGGUGGUGUUUCGGGGCCUGGCCUACUCCGCCUGCAACAGAGAUCCGACCCUCACCCCUCUCAUGCAGACGGAGAAGAUCUCCAUCUCCAGCUUCAGACCAGAGCUGCUGGAGGAGGUGAAGGACGUUCUCAUUCCUGCUGAGAUGCUGAUAGUGCAGCACCACCGCAUCAUCGGGAAGGGCCAUUUUGGAACUGUCUAUCAUGGCUACUUAUCAGACUCCAACAACAGAGAAACUCACUGCGCAGUCAAGUCUUUGAAUAGAAUAACGGAUGUGGAAGAGGUGGAGCAGUUUCUGAAAGAGGGCAUCAUAAUGAAGGGUUUCCACCACACCAACGUCCUGUCUCUGCUGGGCAUCUUCCUGCCGCAGGAAGGGCUCCCCCUGGUGGUGCUUCCGUAUAUGAAACAUGGAGACCUGAGGCACUUCAUACGCUGCGAGAAGAGGAACCCGACUGUAAAGGAUCUCAUCGGAUUCGGGCUGCAGGUCGCCAAGGGCAUGGAGUAUUUGGCAACCAAGAAGUUUGUCCACAGAGAUCUCGCUGCGCGCAACUGCAUGUUGGAUGAGUCGUACACGGUGAAGGUGGCGGACUUUGGCAUGGCCAGAGACGUUUUUGAUAAGGAGUACUACAGCGUACAGGACCACAGGAAGGCGAAGCUGCCCGUCAAAUGGAUGGCCAUCGAGAGUUUGCAGACGCAGAAGUUCACCACCAAGUCAGAUGUGUGGUCCUUUGGUGUUCUGAUGUGGGAGAUGCUGACCAGAGGAGCGAGCCCCUACCCAGAGGUGGACCCUUAUGACAUAACGCAUUACUUACUGAAAGGCAGGAGGCUUCCCCAGCCGCAGUACUGCCCCGACCCACUAUAUCGCAUCAUGCUCCAGUGCUGGGAUCCCGAUCCGGAGCGCAGGCCCAGCUUUGCCACUCUGGUUUUGGCCGUCUCCACCAUCCUGUCAAGCCUGGAGGGAGAGCAUUACAUCAGCCUGAACAUCACCUACGUCAACCUGGACCAGCCGCAGCCGUACCCCGCUCUCACAGACUCCCCCGAUGAGUACGACUCCACGGACGUCGAAGGCUCCGGCUCAGACUCGGACUCUUCCUGAUGCAGAAAAAAAAAAAACACUCUUCUCUGGCACAUUUGUGUGUUUUAUGUCAAAGCGGGAAAAACAAAGUACCUUCUUACUGUCUGAGGACAUGAAUGUGAUAAUAAGAGACUGCAGGUUUUCUACUUGAAAAUGUAGGAACAUUAGUCACGUCUCUAAACUGCCUCUGUGGGUCAAAGUAUCAUCCUUUGUGUGUUUUUCACACAGCGGCACUUCCGUAAAUCAGAAUAUCAUAAAAAUAUAUACGUAUAUAUUUCUAACAAAGAAAUGGCGGCAAGCUAAAAGGUAUUUGUGUGUCCUUUUAAACUGAUUUCUGCAUUGAUUCUGUGUAGAAUGGAUGCAGAGGUGUUGAGGAACCCAAACUGUUUCAAUCAUGGCCUUCAGUGGGAGUGGCUUUUACCACAUAUCUUUCUUCCACUAAAUUUUCCAUGAAUCUGCUUUACCGCAGCUCUGUGCUGAACUUCUAUUGCUUCCUCUGCCUGUGGAGAAGAAGCAAUAGACUGUCAGCUAGGAAAAUGUUAAGUCAGAACUUCACCUUGAUUUUUUUUUAGGCCACAAUAUUUCCAUAGAAAAAAACGUUCUUUUUUUGGGGUCUUUUGUAAAAUUUUAAUUUUCCAGUAAGCUAAAUUUGUUAUUUUUUUAAUUAGUUGUGAGCAGUAAUUAUCAAAAGAAUAUAACGGGUAUGUCCAGAGAAAUUAGUCGGUUGGUAAAUCCUGCCAAUUUUUUAAAUUAUGGAGAUCAGCAGAUACUUACGUGUGAAGCAGGUCAUAAAAAUCAGCCGCUGUCUCGUUUGACCUCUGCCAGGAUAUUUAGCAACUUUUCAGGAAAAAAUACAAAAUAAAAAAACAAAUCAGUUUUGGCCAAAAUCAGGCCAAGCUUUCUAAAGAUUGGUUGAAACCAAUCACUCUGUAUGUAAGGACAUCUGAGUUUCCUGUUUGAAUUUAAAUUAUAAAGCAUAAAAAAAAUGUUGGUGAUUUUAUAAUUUAUUGAGCUGGACCUGUUAAGCAUUUAUAACUUAACAAUGUUUCAUAACGUGGCAAUGGAGAAAUUAGAACAUGAAUUCAGGGAAAUUCUUUCUUUUGUCUUAACUCAAAUACGUAUAAAGAAGUUUUGAAGGCCUC